CUCAGAAGUUGUCACAGAAACAAUUGUUAAAUACUCGAGAGAACUCUGUACUUUGCACCUCUCACUUAGAUCUACACUUGGAAACUUUUCUGAGGAGUUAAGCGUCCUUUGACCUCCUCUCUUGUGAAUUGCAGAAAUCAGACCAGACUACUUGGUAAAAUGACCUCUUGUGUUGCUGAAGAACCUAUUAAAAAGAUUGCUAUCUUUGGAGGGACUCACGGAAAUGAGCUGACAGGAGUGUUUCUAGUUACUCACUGGCUAAAGAAUGGUGCUGAAAUUCAGAGAGAAGGGCUGGAAGUGAAACCAUUCAUUACCAACCCAAGAGCAGUGGAGAAGUGCACCAGAUACAUUGACUGUGACCUGAAUCGGGUUUUUAACCUUGAAAACCUUAGCAAGGAGACGUCUGAGGAUUUGCCAUAUGAAGUGAGAAGGGCUCAAGAAAUAUAUCACCUAUUUGGUCCAAAAAAUAGUGACAAUUCCUAUGAUGUUGUUUUUGACCUUCACAACACCACUUCUAACAUGGGUUGUACUCUUAUUCUUGAAGAUUCCAGGAGUGACUUUUUAAUCCAGAUGUUUCACUAUAUUAAGACUUCCUUGGCUCCAGUACCCUGCUAUGUUUAUCUUAUUGAGCAUCCUUCCCUCAAAUAUGCAACCACUCGGUCCAUUGCCAAGUACCCUGUUGGUAUAGAAGUUGGUCCUCAGCCUCAAGGUGUUCUGAGAGCUGAUAUUUUGGACCAAAUGAGAAGAAUGGUUAAACAUGCUCUUGAUUUUAUACACCAUUUCAAUAAAGGAAAAGAAUUUCCUCCCUGUGCUAUUGAAGUCUAUAAAAUAAUGGAGAAAGUUGAUUACCCAAGGAAUGACAGCGGGGAAGUGGCCGCCGUCAUCCAUCCCAAUCUGCAGGAUCAAGACUGGAAACCGUUACACCCUGGAGAUCCCGUGUUUGUGUCUCUUGAUGGCAAGAUUAUUACGCUGGGUGGCGACUGUACCGUGUACCCGGUGUUUGUGAAUGAAGCUGCGUAUUAUGAAAAAAAAGAAGCAUUCGCAAAGACAACUAAACUAACACUCAGCGCAAAAAGCAUCCGCUCCACUUUGCACUAAGUCACCGCAAGCUAACAGUUCUAGGGAGUCUUGCAAACCUCGAGGACUCUGUGAGCGCUCCAAGAGCAGGGCUGUGCCUUAUUCUCAUUCUUUUCCUCAGCACUUGGCCCCUAUGCCUCACGCAGUAAGCAUCCAGGCCAGUUUCUGAAAGGAAAGAAUAAAUUAAUAAAGGCCUUUCAAAUAUAUUUUGAAUGAGUUACUUAUAGCUCAUUCUGGCAAGUGUGUUUCUGUGUUAGUAACAACAUAGUUAACAACCUUUACAUUCAAAACAUAACAUUGAAAUCAGUGCUACAUGCAACUUAGCAUGUAGCAAGACAGUAAGAUAGACUGAAUGUAUGCUUUUAAGUAAUGCAUAAGCACUACUAAAAACUAAUAGUACAAACUUGGUAUUUUUAAGUUUUGACAUCUGAAUUAAUGACAGUGUAUUAAAUGUCCAUUCUGUAAACUCUAGCAAUAACUGAUGUCUGUAGGCAACUUCACAUCUUUCUUCAGAUGAGAUGUGAAAGGAAGUGAAAGCUGGAUGUAAAGGUGAUGCGUGAAUGCAUCCAGAAGCACUCCCCUCAAGGACCUAAUCCUUGUCUUCGAUGUGAAAAGUUUGAAAAAGAUACAUGUUUGCAGCUGUCAUUCUGAAAGAACACAGUCACCCAGAUUCACAAUCAGCAAGGUAUACAUGUCUGGUCUUUGGUCUCCAGAAGCCACCACCAGAGAUGGUGAAGAUGGGUGACAGAAGGCAGUGGGCACUCAUGGAAAUGUGGCCCAAUCUUGUGACUCUGCAUCACCAAUACAUGUUUUCAAGAAGUUCCUCCAUGUCUCAAGUGACAAAAAUCCCUUCCCUCUCAUGAGCCUCUUUAUCUUUUUUUCCGGAGCUAAGGACCAAACCCAGGGCCUUGUGCUAACUAGGCAAGCACUCUACCACUGAGCUAAAUCCCCAACCCCAAGCCUCUUUAAAAGAUCCCUGCUGAGCUGCCUUCCUCCUGUUGCUCCCUACAUGACCCUCACCUCCCUUCAUUCCUCUCUGGAGCCAAAGCAAUCAUGUAAGAAGCAUAUUUAUCCCAUGAUUUGGAACCCACAUUUAUGGAUGCAAUAUACUUAUCAACAAUACUAACACUGAUGCUGGAGAGAUGGCUUGGUUGGUAAAGUGCUCAGCAUGCAAGUAUGAGGACCUGAGUUCAAUUCCUAGCACCCAGAUAAGCCUGAUACAGUGCAGUGCAGCUGAAAUCCCAGUUCAGGGGGAGGUGAAGACAAGAAGGUCCCUGGGGCUGGACAGCCAGCCAGUCUAGUCAAAUCAAUGAGCUCAAAAGUCUCAAAAAAUAAAGUGGGGAGUAACUGGGGAAGGUACUUAACAUGGACCUCUGGCCUCCACAAAUGUACACACACAAAUGAAUGAAUACACACAUACACACAAAAUAAUACAUUAUCUGGAAUAGAUACAUAGAUAAUAGAUACAACUAUAGAUUGAUAUACCAGCCACUGUCAAUAAUUCAAUGAGUGUCCAGUAUACACACACACACACACACACACACACACACACACACACACUUCGUCCAGAGAAAGUCCCAGUAAGCCAAUUUCACCCCAUAUUCAAUUUAUGCAACAUCUCUUUUGUACCUUGCUAAAAUUAGUCCUUGAAAUCUAUUCUUCCUGCUGAAUGUCAUAGUUAAAAUAUAACAUGUCAAUCAGCUUCUACAUGCAAGUGUUGCCAAGCUCCUUGUCUCACUGAUCUAUUUUUUUUAUUUUCCACUUUCUCUGAGCCAGUUUUUUUUACAGCUGUAAGCUACAGCAAGCAGACUAUAUUCUUCCACCAUAAUUUAAUUACAAAAGUUAAAAUGCACAGUUUAGAGUGCCAUGGGUUCAGUUUCCAGAUUGGCUGUUUCUAUCAAGUCUGUUUUUUCUUGACUCAAUUUUUAUAGUCUUCAGAAUUUCUAAUUAUAUGUGAUUAUGUCUAUGCACAUGAUAUCCUGAAUGGGUGCUAUCUAAUUAAAUGUGAUUUUUUAUUUUA